AUGACACUCGACCAAAACGAGGCAGCCAGGAAAAUGCCUGCCAAUAUUUCUGUCAUCAGCUUUCCAGGGGCGUGGCAUCCCGCCUCAUGCAUGAGCAGCUUCGUCUCAAGCCUGGACUCAAUCGGACUCCCCACUGCGGCCUACACCCUUCAGAGUGUCGGGAACGCAUCGACAGGAGUGUCGGAUGAUGCGGACUAUAUGCGAUCUAUCAUGAAUUCUCUGAUUAAUGCCGGCAAAGACGUGGUGCUUGUUUCUCACUCUUAUGCUGGGUUCCCAACAACCUGGGCCAUCUCCGGCAUGGACAAGCGUGGCCGUGAGGCCCGCGGCGAGAAGGGCGGCGUAUUGGGCGUCAUAUACCUUUCGUCAUUUGUUCCGAAAGAGGACGAGACUCUGUAUGGCCUGCUAGGUAACCAAUGGUUUCCCUGGAUCAAGGAAGACGAAACCAAAAAAUUCAUUAUUUGCUCAAACGAGGGCCACAUCUUCUACAAUGAUUGCACUCACGAGCAAGUAGAAGUCGCAACCAAGUCUCUGAAGCCCCGUUCCCUCAAGGCUACUAAAGGCAAGGAUGCUAUCCCUAAGAAUAUAGGCUGGCGGGAGUCAGGUUAUGAUGGCCGUCGUGGGUACAUCCGCUUGACUGAGGACAACGCUAUUCCGCUGUCGUACCAGGACUACUUGAUCAGCCGAUCGGGAGUGAACUGGUCCGUUAAGACACUCAAUGCGUCUCAUAGUCCAUUUUUGUCGAUGCCUGAUGCUACGGCCGAGCUUGUUCAAGAGCUUAUUCAGGAGUUCCUCGCUGCUUGA